UCAAUCAAAUCAGGGUAAACACAUCGCAAUAGUCAAAAGAUUUUGCAUAUAUAUUUAGACGCUAUGUUUAAAAACAUAACGCAUCAUAUGAGGAUUAAUUACGCGUAAUUAAGAUUAGCACUGUCAUCGUUAGAUAUUUAGUUUAAAUUAUGAAGAUCGGAGUCUGGUUGUUCACCAUUUACACAUGCAGCUUUAUACAGUUUGUCAUCGGCAAAGAAACAUACUACUUUGACGACAGUAUUUGUACACUAACCAACGAUACCGGCACAGAAGGUCUUAUACCAUUACCCUCUUUUCCAAAGGGAUUUUCGACCCGUGUGGAGUGGAAAUGGCUGGAGACAAAUACCACGUUCGACGUGUUUGAAACAUACAGUGAUAUUGAACAAAGUGGUGCACAGAUUAUUAAAGUGGAAGGAAAAGUGGUCCAUGUCAUUUCUGAUUACAAAGAACGACAAUAUAUAACUUACUCGGAAGGUGACGGUUGUAAAGUAAAAGGUCUUGGGUCGUUGGAGUUCUACGAUAAGAAACUAUGGCUCUCCGCCGUAAAUGAACUCUACGGCACUGCUAAAAAGGCUUUUCCGAUUUACAAUGGCACGGCUGUUAUACGAGGCGUUAAUACGAAGAAAUAUGUUUCCUGUCUUUGGCUGUAUCAAUUCAACACUACUCUACAGACAGAACUGUACUUUUCAGAAAACUGGGCGAAUCCACUGUCCCCGCCGAACGUUCCGAUUCCGGUCAGGUUCGUGCUAACGGGGAGUGUGUCUGCAAAUAACACUGCCGCCGCGAGAAAGCCUUUCACUGUCAUUGGUGAUUUCAUUGAGUAUAAUCCACUUCCUCCAGACGACGAUACAGAACUACGAAUGCAGUUCCCCGCGGGCACAUUUUGCGACGGACGAUUUUCAAGAAUCCCUUUGAAUGUCUUGCCGUCAAGUUUUAGUGUUGUUUUUGAAAAAGUGGAAUUCCGGCGAGACUCCGUGACAGUGACGUAUGAGAAGAUCUGGUUUGACAGCGCGAAGCGGCUUGUGCGGCGAGAUUACAAGAUGGCGGGUGGCAACGACCCUGACCCAACCACGCAGAUCUUUGAUUUCAAUCUUGGAAUACAUUAUACCAUGGACUCCUACAUGGGCAGCUGUGACCCUAUCUCCCCUCUCGAUACCGGAGACUACUAUGUUGUGUCUGGGCCCAACAACACUAUUCGAAUGAUGACAGCUUUAGAGUUUUUCCACAAGGAAGGAGCGCUCAUUCAUUACGUUGGCUCGCGUAUCACAAGGAGCGUACGCUGUGAUGUAUGGGUGGGGAUCUACGCUGAUCCUGACUCUGCUCGAAACUUCACAAUUGAGUGGUACUUUACCAAGGACAAUGUGGUUGAAGGUAUAGGUGGAAACAUUCAACCGGCAUCUCUUUUUCGCAUUGACAUUUUCCAGGCUGUUGGUGAGCCCCCGAUCACCCGGAACGUUCUACAGUUAGACAAGGAGUCGCCCCCACAGGAAGUGUUUGACGUAUCCCAGUGUUUUCCAUCCGCCUUUAAAGCAAGACUCCUGAUUUAUUUUUCAGUGGUCAACAACAAGAGUAUUUCAUCAGUGAGCGCGAGCUAUCUCAAAGACUUGCUACAUAUAUCCCUCGUAAACAGGGCACUUCUGCCGCCCUUAAGAAUUAGUGGAGUAUCACUCCAGGUGGUUGGUAACACGGACUUGUACUUUGACGCGUUUCUCCUAGACAAAUCCCCGGUUGUGAACAACAGGAUUGUGCCCCCGCCUCCAGAACAACAUGGCCUGGAACCUGCGUACGACUUCAUUAAAGGAAAUGUAGAAAACAACUGGCGAAUAAGUUUAAACAGUACAACGUCUAAGGACCCAGUGAUCAUAGAGUCAAGAGGCAUUAUACGAAUAAACUACAUGGCAGAAUUCACAACAACACCGGUAACAACGAAAAUGACAACAACAGAAGCCACACCUCCUCUUCCCCCCGCCCCUUCUACAGUAAAACCCGGCGCUCCGACAAAAGAACGGACGCCUUACGCUAAACCGACUUGGCCCCAUAAGCCUACAUCGCCUACUACAUGUCCACCGUGUACUCCUCUUACAUGUCCGACACCCACUCCUGUCGUCUGUCCAUCAACAUCGACUCCAUUUGUAUGCCCAACUACCAAAUGUCCGCCAACUACCAAAUGUCCGUCUUGCACAAGAUGCCCUACAUCAGUUAUAACCCAGCCUGUAGUACAUUGCAACACCUCAUCAAAUUGUCCACAAGUCACGUGUCCCACACCCAUCAAAUGUACGACGUUUAGAUGUCCAAGUACAUCAGCAAACAACCCCAGAAUCACUCAAAAUAAGUGUCCAACCGUCACACCGUGUGCAACAGCUACUACUGUGGCCAGCGGGCAAACAGGCAGUAAUCAGCAUCAAGUAGGAAAUCAAAUGCCGACAUCAGGAGUCAGCAGUGGUGGAGCAGCUGGAUUAGCAUUCGGCAUGUUGGUAAUCGGGCUGUUAAUAGGUGUGUUCGGACUGUUGGUGUACCGGCGAAAAAGAAAUGUGACCCCUGAUCGGAGAAAUAUUCUAGACAAAUACUUGGACAAUGCCGAUUAUUGAUGAAUGAUUUAUGUAAAUAUUGUAGAUCUGUGAUACCCUUCAUUUAGUGUGCAUAGUUUGCGAGUGUCACAAAAAUGUAAUAAUUUGCAUUACAAAAGUACAUAUAUUAUGUAUUUCUUAAGAUCAGCUCAAAGGGGCAGCGAGAGAACGUGAACUAAUUAAAUUAGAAUAUUCAUCUUUAAUCUAUUGGUAGUUUUGCCUGUGGAUAUCCUUUAUACAUUUACUAUUUGACCAUGAAACAAUAUUAAAUAAAACAGUAACACUGCUGCAGACUGUUAUUAACAUUAUGAGUCGUUCAUAAAUGAUAUUUGAACAGUCAUUUAUUCGUUUCUCAUAUGCAUAAAAUUUUUCGUGCUCUGUACAAGAAUAAAAAUGACGCCAAUGAUAACAUCA